AUGGCAUCGGUGGUGACGUUUACGGUGGACCCGAUCGAUCUCGAAGAGGAGAUCAAGCGCAGAGAUGAUCUCGCCGAAUCCACGCGCCGCUUCUACUUCAUCGCCGCGCGCAGGAUACAGGCGUGGAUCCGCGGAAUCUUCACUCGCAACCAUUUCCGUUUGCUGCACAAGAGCGCAGUCACUAUUCAACGUCACUGGCGCGGUUAUCACACAAGGAUCGCCGUGGAUCGAUACCUGAUCCACAGCGUCCAUCAAAUGUGGCAGGAUUAUUACGACGCGAUGGCUACGAGAAUCCAGGCGUUCUGGCGCGGCUACUGGAUACGAAAAACGGUCCGCGACAUUCAGAAGAUGAAGCGAUGGUUGAAAGAAGUCUACGCGAAGAACGAGGAAGCCAUCGAGAACAUGAAUAAAUUCAGGCAGGCAGAGAUAAACCACAUGCAAGCCGUGAUAGAGCGCGAGUCGAUGCACUGGACAUUGUUCAUCCUCUUUAAGCUUCACCAUUUGCUAAGAACGGCGCAACGACCGGGCGUGAUCACGAGAAUCGAUGGGACGCAGUUCACUCUGAUAGAGGAGAUGCUAAAGUGCUUGGAGUAUAAACGGUACGUGCGCUGGAAGAAGAAGAAGCCGAGGGAAAAGUGCAAGGAUUGCCAGAUCGAUAGAAGACCAUCGCUCGUGCUGCAGGGGACACAUUACGAGCGAUGCGAGAGGGAAAUUCGAGAGGUCGAGAGGAGCCGGAGGACAGGCUGCGUACCAGUUUAUAGAAGUAAAUUCUGA